AUGUCGAGAUAUCCCCCAGACGCGGACGAGGCCCAGCGAGGGCGUUACAAUGAUGGGUAUAACCCAAAUCCGAGUCCAUAUACGUUGACGACGACGCCGAACCAGUAUGAGCGGUUCGAUGCACCGUACUCGCUUCCCGACCCGUUUGCGAACCCGAGCUACGCGACCCCGCCCCCGACGCAGCCAGGAGGUUACCAUUCACCGCCUCCGCAAUUGGAUCCUUACGGCGCCCCUCUUCAUCCUCACUCUCCUCCUCCGAAUCCGUACGGCGCACCAUCUCACCCUCAUUCGCCGCCUCCAUCCAUGCAACCUGAGUAUGCUCCGUUCAGUCACCCCCCACCACCACCGCCUGCCCUCCCCCCUGCGCAGCCGCAGCGGUAUGAGCUUCACGACGAUCACGAGGAUGGAUUGGAUACUGGUGACAUACCCCUGCUCAGACGGGAUCCAAGUUACACCUCUGGGGUCAACAUGCCUGUCCCCGGUGCUUAUGGGGAUGACCCUCUCACUUCGGACGAUCGUUCAGAAAACAAUAUUCGCUAUGGGCGCAUUCCACAGCGAGUACCUCGUCGGUACAAGACGAUCAAGAAAGUCGAGCUCUUUCACGGAAAUUUCGUCCUCGAUUCCGCCGUGCCCACUAAGCUCCUAAACAUGUGUCCCAAGCGGACGGAGAGGGAGUUCACUCAUAUGAGAUAUUCGGCGGCUACUUGCGAUCCCAACGACUUCAAGGACUCGGGUUUCACGCUGAGACAGGUGCACUACGAUCCACCGCGGCGGACGGAGUUGUUCAUUGUGAUGACCAUGUACAACGAGGACGAGGAAUUGUUCUGUAGGACCAUGCAUGGUGUCAUCAAGAACGUGAUGCACUUGUGCAAACGUGACAGGAGUAAGACGUGGGGGGAAGGUGGAUGGCAGAAGGUUGUAGUAUGUAUUGUGAGCGAUGGACGAUCCAAGAUCAACAGUAGGACACUCAGUGUGAUCGCGGCUAUGGGUUGUUACCAGGAGGGCAUAGCCAAGAACGCCGUCAACAACAAAGCAGUCACCGCCCACAUAUACGAGUAUACAACCCAAAUCUCUGUAAACCCCUCACUCAAGAUCGAAGGCGCGGAAAAGGGCAUUAUCCCCGUGCAGAUCUUGUUCUGCCUGAAGGAGGUGAACCAGAAGAAAAUCAACUCGCAUCGGUGGUUCUUCAAUGCCUUUGGACCUAUCCUGCAACCCAACGUCUGCGUGCUGCUGGAUGUUGGUACCAUGCCUGGACCAACGAGUAUCUACCAUUUGUGGAAGGCGUUCGACAUCAACUCGAAUGUCGGCGGUGCUUGUGGAGAGAUCGUCGCCCUGAAGGGUAAAUACGGGCAGAACCUCCUCAACCCUCUAGUCGCUGCGCAGAACUUCGAAUACAAGAUGAGCAACAUCCUCGAUAAACCUCUGGAAUCGGUUUUUGGCUAUAUCACUGUGCUCCCCGGUGCUUUCAGCGCCUACCGGUACAUUGCUUUGCAGAACGACUCCGUGGGGGAGGGGCCACUGCAGAAAUACUUCUUGGGCGAGAAGAUGCACGGUGCUGGUGCCGACAUCUUCACAGCAAAUAUGUACCUUGCUGAGGAUCGUAUCCUCUGCUGGGAGUUGGUAUCAAAGCGCGGCGGUUCGUGGAUUCUCCACUAUGUCAAAUCGGCGUAUGCAGUAACGGAUGUACCCGAUCAAGUACCGGAACUGAUCUCACAACGACGUCGUUGGCUGAACGGCUCGUUCUUCGCCGCGGUCCACUCCACCUGGCACUUCUAUUAUAUCUAUCGCUCGGCACACAGCUUCCUCCGGAAAUUCUGGAUACACGUCGAGAUGUUCUACCAGCUUUUCAACUUGAUCUUCAGUUGGUUCGCUUUGGCCAACUACUAUAUCGCAUUCGUUAUCUUGUCUACAUCUUUGGAGCAGGCUGAUUUCAACCUGAAGGGGAUCAACGUCGCUAACAUCAUACUGAACUACUUCUACCUCGGUCUCCUCAUCCUGUGCUUCCUCCUCUCGCUGGGUAAUCGACCGCAGGGGAGUAAGUGGGGAUACACUGCAGCCUUCGUCGGCUUCGGUGUUAUCACUAUUUAUAUGACAACUGCGGCGUUCCUACUAGCGAUCAAGAGUAUACAGAACUUGGCCAAGGAGGAUCCGGACGGUCUGCAAGUCGAUGACCUAUUCUCGAACAUCAUCUUUCGGAAUAUCAUUCUGUCGUUAGCCGCGACGUAUGGAUUGUAUCUCGUUGCGUCGUUGAUAUUCUUUGAGCCGUGGCAUAUGAUCACGUCUUUCAUCCAAUAUCUACUGAUGGCCCCGUCAUAUAUCGCCGUUCUCAACGUCUACGCUUUCGCAAACGUCCACGAUGUCUCAUGGGGUACCAAGGGAGACAAUAAACCCUCGACGGACCUGGGUGUCGUCACUACAGGAAAGAACAAGAAUGAAGUCGAGGUGAACGUUCCCACGGCAGAAACCGACAUCAACGCUGCAUACGAAGAUGCCAUCCAAUUGCUAUCUUCGAAGCCGCCUAAAGUCGAGUCCAAGCCGGAUGCUGCAACACAACAAGAAGAUUACUACCGAACCUUCAGGACAAAUGUGUUGCUUGCUUGGACACUGAGCAAUGGACUUCUUGCCGCAAUUAUUGUGACUACGACUAAUAAGGACAGUAACAAUGCUGGUGUCAAGGGGUAUAUGGCAUUCCUCCUCUACUCUGUUGCUGGUCUAGCUUUUGUUCGCUUUGUUGGCUCGACUGUUUACAUGGUCAUUCGGUUAUUCGCUGGUGAAUAG